GGCUAACUCAGUGUAAAUCGAGCGAGCGUUCCUCUGUCCAGCGUCAGCUGACUUCCUUCCGCGGCUCGAUCCGAGCGUGGAUUCUCGUUGUGGAAGCGUGGUUGGCGUCACUCGGCAGACGCUACGUACUCAACUCAGAGAUUUGGAGCAUGAAGGCCUAAGUGUUCCAAAGAGACACUGAAGGACGCUGGAGCGCUCUUCCCUCUUCUCUAGCUCGGUCUCUCUCUCUCUCUCUCUCUCUUGAUCGGUGUGUUCCAAAAGCAAGGCAAGAAUCAUGGAAAAAAGAAGAACAACAACAACAUCUUCUCUUUUCCCCGUAGUCUUCAUCCACUACUGUAAAUGUGCCUUUCGAGCGAGAGAGGAAUGAAAAAAGGGAACGAAUUUUCGAGCUCGACAGUCUCGGUCCAAAAGUGCGCGAACUUUGGCUUGCGAAACCGACGCCGUUCAGUCUCUCUGAGAAAAGUGCGGUGACGAUACCAAGGAGCCUUGAUUCCAAGAAAUCAUCGAGAAAUAAAGUCGAAGGUUUGGUUUUUGUGACAGGGAAGCAAGUGUAGAGAGAGAGAGAGUGAGUGUGUGGAACGAAGACUAAAAAAAGUACAGAACAGAGUACCACAAUUUAAUGUUGAGCCUCAACCACGGAGCAAGUCAUGGUGGACUAGAAGAUUGUGGAAUGGAUCCUUAGGAUGAGCGAGUAACCUUCCUUGGAAGGUCUCGAGUGAUUGUGAAAAGGCUAUUAUUGUCUCGUAUGUGCCAACGCGUGCCAACAAAGAGGGUCUCAUCGUCCUCUCUUAUACUCCUUUUUCCCACAUCAAUUUACCUUCAAUCAGCUCGGUUUUAAGGGCUUGGAUCCGACCACUUCCCAUUCCAAAAAAAGCUAUGAUAAUCCGCUUGAAAAUUGCCCGUCUUCCAUUGAGCUGGGGCCACUCUCCCACUUGGCCUUCGACAUCGGCGACAUCUUCUGCUGCCUCCCUCUGUUCCUAAAUCAGGGUGAACGGUUCGUUGUUUCCGCGAUUCAGAAAUGGAACCAUCUUUGAUCGAGGGUGGUCUAAGCCCAAGCCGAUCCUACCCGACAUCACGAUUAUUGCCCGACCAUGAGAGACGACCAGACCAAGCCGGUGGCGAAAUGCUCUCUCCUUCCAGCAACAUCAUGGACGAGAUGAACAAUUCCGAGGAGAUCUCUUCCAAGUCGUCGAGUGGUCCCAAGGCUCCUAAGACCGUUCGGAUAAUGGACUCCAUGAAGAAACAAACCAUCAAAUCCAACAAAUCAUCCAAGAUUAAGAGUCAGAGUAUUCAUGGCAUGACUGAUGAGGACAAGUCAACCCGCCCCUAUCGAGAAAUCAUGCCCCUGAGUCGCAAUGAGCGAUUGUACCUUGUGGCCGUGGAGAGGGGAGAUGUGGCCACUGUACGGAGGAUGUUGGCAAACACCAACGAUGAUUUGCUCAAUAUCGACUGCUGUGAUCCCCUCGGCCGUUCCGCUCUCCUCAUGGCCAUCGACAACGAGAACCUGGAAAUGGUGGAGCUCCUCCUCGAGAAUAAGGUUGAGACGAAAGACGCCCUCUUACACUCUAUUAACGAGGAGUUUGUUGAAGCUGUUGAAGUGCUUUUGGAUUACGAGCAUAGGUACCGAGCUGGCGAAGUUCCGAGCUGGGAGGCCAUUCCCGUGGACACGGCGACUUUCACGCCGGAUAUCACUCCAUUAGUUUUGGCGGCACAUCGAGAUAACUACGAGAUCAUCAAGAUUCUCUUAGAUCGAGGAUUCGUCCUCGCCGUCCCUCAUGAUGUCAGAUGUGGAUGUGAAGAAUGCAUGACCUCCCGCCAGGAUGACAGUCUUCGCCAUUCACGCUCCAGGAUCAAUGCCUAUCGGGCCCUGGCCAGUCCCUCCCUCAUCGCGCUUUCAAGCAAGGAUCCCAUUCUCACAGCCUUUCAGCUCAGUUGGACCCUUCGACGGCUCUCGUUUGCAGAGCACGAGUUCAAAAGCGAAUAUCUGGAACUUCGCAACCAAUGUCAGCAGUUCGCCACGUCCUUGUUGGAUCACACUCGAUCCUCGUACGAGUUGGAAAUUCUCCUCAACCACGAUCCCACGGGACCACUCUAUCAGCACGGGGAACGAAUGCACCUCAACCGCCUGAAACUAGCAAUCAAAUUCCGACAGAAGAAGUUUGUGGCACAUCCGAACGUCCAGCAGCUCUUGGCGUCCAUUUGGUACGAAGGGUUACCCGGGUUUCGUCAGAAGAAUAUGAUCCUUCAAGGCCUGGAAGUGUGUCGGAUUGGCUUACUUUUUCCAUUUUUCUCUCUCGCCUACAUCAUUUGUCCGUGGAUGAGCUUCUCACAGAAGUUGCGGAAGCCUUUCAUCAAGUUCAUUUGCACUUCAGCUUCCUAUUUUACGUUUCUUUUUUUGUUGAUCUUGGCCUCGCAAAGGAUCGAAGUGUUCAUCGCCGAAUGGUUUCAGAAUGAGAUGCUCAAGCAAUGGCUUUCCAACGAUGUCACAACAAAACGAGGGUCCACUCCAACUCUAGUGGAAUGGUGUAUUUUAGCUUGGGUCGGAGGCCUAAUUUGGAGCGAGAUCAAGCAACUAUGGGAUGUGGGUCUGAGAGAGUAUGUCAAUGAUAUGUGGAACGUGAUAGACUUCGUGACCAACUCAUUAUACGUGGCCACAAUCGCCCUGAGAUUGGUGGCGUAUUACAAGGUCCAAGAGGAAUUGCGCGCUGGGAGUAAAUCUGCUCAUCUUCCCCGCGAACAUUGGGACACGUGGGAUCCCAUGCUCAUCUCAGAGGGGCUCUUUGCCGCCGCCAACAUUUUUUCCAAUCUCAAACUGGUGUAUAUUUUCUCCGUCAAUCCUUACUUGAGACCACUCCAAGUCUCGUUGAGCCGGAUGGUCAUGGACAUCUUGAAGUUCAUCUCACUUUUCGUCCUGGUCUUGUUUGCCUUCUCGUGUGGUGCUAAUCAAUUGCUUUGGUAUUAUGCGGAUCUGGAGAAGCAACGUUGCUACAAUGAGCAACAGACCAUCAAAGAGGCCAGCGAAGGAGUCACCUUCGCCAACGGAAGCUUUACCACAAUCAAUCCUCAGCCAGGGGUCAUUCAACAUGAUAUAAACCAUUGUUUGGCUUGGAGGAGAUUUGCCAACCUUUGGGAAACCUCUCAGACCUUGUUUUGGGCCAUUUUUGGCUUGAUUGAUUUGGACAACUUCGAAUUGACUGGGAUCAAAGAGUUCACUCGUUUCUCCGGACUUUUGAUGUUUGGCUCCUUCUCCGUGAUCAAUAUCAUCGUUCUGCUCAAUCUGCUCAUUGCCAUGAUGAACCACUCCUACCAACUCAUCUCUGUCAGCUCGGAAAAAGCUGAUGUCGAAUGGAAGUUUGCCCGAAGCAAGUUGUGGAUCUCCUAUUUUGAGGAAGGUGGGACCGUUCCACCCCCGUUCAACAUCAUUCCAACGCCCAAAAGCUUGUUCUAUUUGUUCAAAUGGGCUUUCACGAAAAUCUGUGGUCGAGCCAGCAAGAUGAAGAAAGAACAUUUAAAGACGAAAAAAGUGCGCCAGGCCAGUGAGAGAGAUUUCAAAUACCAAGCCAUUAUGAAGAACCUCGUCCGCCGUUAUGUGACACAAGAGCAAAGGAAGGCUGAGAAUGAGGGCGUCACGGAGGAUGACGUUAACGAGAUCAAAAACGACAUCUCCGCCUUCCGCUUCGAAUUCAUCGACAUCAUGAGGCAAACUGGUCACAAAGUGGAAUCCAUUACGGGUUUACACGGUGGAAUGGGCCGCAAAGAUCGAUUGAAAACCAGGCGGAUCCUAAAAGGAGUGGGCGUAGCCUCCGAUAUUGGCGGCGUGGGAUCUGCCUCAUUCUCGGCGGAUUUGUCCAUCUCAGCUUCAAACACUCUUCCCAAGAGAACAUCAUUGACCGUGCCAAAUGACGGGAGCAAUUCGGCCGAGAUAGCCAAUGACAAUGCAGCUCUACGAAGAUCCCCCAUCGCCAAAUUCGCCUACCGAUUGGCGGGCGGCCAUCGAAGUGGAGAGACUAGUUUAAGUUCCAGCUUCCGAUCCAAAAACCGAGGUCGACAUGGAUCUAGAUGGUCGGCCCAGUCAAGCGAUGACUCGCAUGAGUCCAAUCAAGCUCAAAUCCAUGAAGAACCCUCCAAAGACCUCUUGGGGAACACUGUCAAACAUCAGGGGUCCCGACGAGAAAAGUUUUCCAAGGCCAGAAGUCCUAUUCAAUGCCUGAAUCCGUUACAAUUACAGGCUCCGGGGAGCGUCAGCCGGGCGGCGGGGCUGAAUGCAACCGAGGACAUUGAAUUAGGCGAUACCUCGUCAUGCCGGGGGAUAAGGGAUCAAAUUGGGGAAGAAACGGAAAACGAUGAAGACGAUGAUGAUGACGAUAUGGAGGGUAAUGAAACUCCGAUUCGGGAUCCGUCCACGUCCGUUGGCGGGUAUUAUAAAAAGGGCGGUCUGGCUGGGAUUCAUCGGAUGUUUCAAGUGGACCUGAACGACACCUUGGAUGACAUGUCCCGACACGAGUCCGUGCCCUUGAUCUCUUCCGAUUCCGCCCAAGACCCGUGGGCCUCCAAAAAGCCUAAUAAAUCUACCUGUAGUCUCCUUCUGGAUUCAGCGCCCAAUUUUGCCGGAGGAUGCGAUCUUGGAUCGAGUAGCACAAAAGAAGGGGGGACCAAAGCACAAAAUGGUGGAGCCUCCUCCGGGGGCGGGCCGGUUUCGGCCAGUUCCGGGACGAGUACUUCUAGCAAUGCCAUCGCAUCAUCGGGGCCAAUGUCAAAGACAAUGAUGCCAGGCUUGAAGCCCAGUGCCAAGAAUUCGAAUUCGGGAUGGCUUUAGUGCGAUUUUUGUAAAAUGAUUGUGUAAGAAAAUGAAGAUGUGCUCCACAAUCUUCUUCGGUGCAGAAGAUGUGGCCCUUGGUUCCCAUAUGAGCAUGAAUAUGGAAGCCAACAACGGGUGCUGCUUGAUGUACAUUGGAAGCCUGAUUUUUCAGUCCAAUUUUCAGUCUAAACUAUAGAUAAAAUUGUCACAGUCCUAAUGCAGCAGCUGCAACUACUUUCAUCCUCCUCUUAUCAAAGAUUUUUUUACACUAUGAUAAUUACAUUAGAUCACUAUUACGAUGAUCGUUAUUAUCAUUACUAUUAUUACUAUUAUUACUACUACCAUUAUUACUCCCCAUAUAAUUAUCGCUAUUACUACGAUUAUCCUUAUGAUUGUUGUAAUGACAUACUUCCAAUCCUCCUUGGAGACCAUGACAGUAUUCGUAUCACAACACGCCGCCGUCGUAGUCGAUAUUAGCUCGCCAAAACCAACAAAAGUAACCUUGCUCGAUUGUGCCAAAUGUCAUUUUUUAUUUAUUGAUCAUUAUUCAGUGUCUAAACACAGAGAUAUCUAUGAGUGCUAACAAAUAAAUUGGAAUAUAUUUAAGCCUCUUGUAAACUGAA